ACAAUCAACGAAAUGUUUACAAAUAAUUUUCUAAAACUUACGCUCGUUGUAAGCGUUCUUCUGUAUACACUUAACGUUCUGCAACAAGUAGAAAGUGUAAAAUUAGAUGAAAAUACUCAUCAAUAUCCAGUUGUAUAUCGCCGAUUAAUAAGACGCAGGCCACCAAUGCAUCCACAUGAUAAAUAUAUGGAGGAAAUUUUAGAAAUCUUUCACACAAAAGAAAAGCCUCCUUCCAAUGGUGAGCUAAUGACCGAUGAAGAUGUUGAUAAAUUUAUAUACUGUGAUUUCAACAGACACUUGGAGGAAUGUAAACAAUAUUGGGAUUCUCAAAAACGUAAAAGACCAAUAGCCCCAACAACUUCAAAACCUUUAAUUAUAACAAGCACUACAGCUAAAACUACAACAACAACUUUUGCUAGUGAACCUGAACCAGAACCAACAGAUGUAAUUCCUGGAAUUCCACCCCUGGACGUCGACGGUGAGUAUGUUAAUUACGAACUAGAGGAAGAUGAACACGAACUAGAGGAAGAUGAACAUGAUGAUUAUGAGUACGUCGAUAAGUAAUUGUAGAAAGAUCAUGAAACAAGAUUUAUUAUUGAAAUUUUUAUUACAUGUAGAAAAUUGUAAAAUUAAACAAAAUAAACCUAUCGAUUUGAAUCAGUUUACCUAAUCUCAAUUAGAAAUAAAAUUUAGUAAAAUAAAAUACCAAUAAAUUUUAGUGAAAUUGUCUUGCUGCUAAAUUUUUUAAUUUGUUUAAUAGUUUCGGAAAUAAUCAAAAAGUUGUAGCAAUAAAAAAUUUUAUGCAAAAUUGUUUAAUUUAUAAAAAAUCGAAAACGACAAAAA